UGUCUCAUUCCCACAAUGAUGCAGAAGGUCAACCUCUCAACAGUAUCCGAAUUUGUUUUUGUGGGCCUCUCUGAUGCUCCAGAAAUCCGUUUGCUUCUCUUUGUGCUGUUUCUGCUCAUUUAUUUGGCCACCAUGGCAGGCAACAUCACGCUCCUUGUUGCCAUUAGCACUGACUCCCACCUGCACAGCCCCAUGUACUUUUUCCUUGGCAAUUUAUCCCUGCUGGAUCUCUUAUGUCCCACCAUCACCGUGCCCAAGAUGCUGAAGGCCUUGCUGCUGGAGCACAAAGAGAUUUCUUUCUUUGGCUGCCUGUUCCAGCACUUUUCCCUCAUUGAUGUGGUGGGGACAGAGAUUUUCCUCCUGACUGUGAUGGCCUACGACCGCUACGUGGCUGUGUGCCACCCCCUGAGGUACCCGAGCAUUAUGAGCACGAAGCUGUGUGCUCAGCUGGCCAUGGGUACCUGGGCAACAGGGCUUUUGAACUCCCUGCUGCACACCUCUCUGGUUUUCACACUCUCUUUUUGUGGUCCUAACAAAAUCCAGCAGUAUUACUGUGACAUUCCUCCUAUGCUGGCCCUCUCCUGCUCGUCCACCCACAGCAGGGAGUUGGUGAUCCUGGUGGUGGCCGGGGUGCUGGGGUGCAGUGCCUGCGUGGUCACUGUGGUCUCUUACAUCUAUAUCCUCCUGGAAAUCCUGGCCAGGAACUCCCCUGGGAUCUGGCACAAGGCUUUCUCCACGUGUGGUUCUCACCUGACCGUAGUUUGCCUUUUCUAUGGGACCACCAUCUGCACCUACGUCCGCCCUUCCUUCACCUACUCGCCACAUCGGGAUAGGGUCGUGUCCAUGCUCUAUGGAAUGCUCACCCCGCUCCUAAAUCCCAUCAUCUACAGCCUCAGGAACAAAGAGGUAAAAUGUGCCGUAAAAACAAUGAUCAGCCAGGUGAGAAGGGCUUUAACAAGACAAGAAAACCUCACUCAGUCUCCACCAUCAGCUGGGUAGAAACUACAGUGUGCGACUAGUUUGGUCUUCUCUAACUUUCAGACAUCUAAAAAUUAGAUGCUGGAAUUCAAAUUCAUCUUUCUGAGCUCAAAACUCCUCCUCUGGGCUGAAAACUUCUUCUUUUGGCUCCCUCUGCAGUCAGAAGGGAGAGCUGCGCACUUCCAGAAUUCCAUGGCACAGCUUUAGGUCAUUUUCACAGGAGGAGAAGAGUCCAGCUGGGAAUGUUGUUUUCCACUGACCACUGACGAAGCUGAGGUGAGAGCAGGCAGGUGCUGGAUGCAUAUUUUGGGGUAGGAAUUCUGGGAAUUGGUAUUCAGGCACACUUAGAUACACCAUAUAAAAGCAGUUUAUAUCCCUUUCAAAAUUAAACUCCAAACAUAUUAAAUUAUGUUUUAUGGAUCAGC